AUGGACCCAUCAACGACCGAGAUACAAGUCCAACCUCAAUAUCAUGAUUCAAAUGGUCCUGCUUCUCAAUCUAAUAAUACCAAGACCUCAAGCAGAGAGCCCAAAGUCAAAACUCACCGUCAAAAAAAGGCCGACCCACCGCCGAUUCCUUCGAGACCUUAUCACCGACUGCCUUUCGCGACUUUCAACGUCGAUGUAUCAACAUUGGAUAGAUCUAAUGGAUUCGGACCAAGACUGGGGACAUUCACACUAAGAAGACCCAGAGCUACCCCAUGGACUUAUCAAGCCCAGGUAGUGCAAAGUGCAAGCAGUGAAAAGGGGGAAGAUGUAAUCGAGAUUCGGACCCCUGGGAUGAUUGCAGGCGCCUCGAGGGGUAUCGUCAAGCAUCUCUCUCGCGACAACGUCGCGCUUGCCAGAGGUUUGUCGUGGAUUCAUAUACCCCUUGAAGACUUCUUAGAGCAUCCGACUCCAAUUCCCGCACUCCAUCCCGCGACUUUACCACUACACACAUAUCUCACCCACCCGCUCGAGUCACACAUACUAUCACUCUGUCUUCGAGACCACAACGACAAUCAGAAUAUGCCCGCCAACACCAAUGCCUGGGUUCAGGCCAAAACGGUUAGGGGUGUGCGCAAAGUUUCAAUCAACGAUUGGAUCCUAUGGACCAAAGCAUUGCGUCCGGACCUUGUCUGGGCGUUUGUCGACAUUCCAAAGACGUUGCUGAGUUCCUCGAAUUCUCAAGAAGGUGGGGUGGAUGAGAUGAGCGUUGUCAAAGGCGAGGGACGACAGACGAGCCAGAAGAGGAUCGUGAAAUGUUUGGAGCGGAGCACGGGCUGGGUUACGAAACUCAUGGGUGGGCUCUUGGAAGACGAACAGAAUACAAUGGUGGAUGGCGAAGCGAGAAAACGACCUCCGAUCAUCGUUCCUUUAAUAGGAGGCUGCGAUGGGAGAGCACGAGACGAGUUCGCGAGGUCGCUGGUCGAACCACUGGAUAGAGGGGAUCGAGCAGAGGCUGGCGGUCUUAGAACACUUGACGAAGGGAUAUUCGGGUAUGCCAUUGAGAUGGUAGACCUUCCGACCAACACAUAUGGUACUGCACCAUCACCCAUCACCCAUCACGAAGCGGACCGAACCAAUACUCUUACCGACCUCGUUUUGACCUCCCUUGAACCGCUUGACUCAUCGAAACUGCGCAUAGCACAUUCUACCCCCUCUCCGCAUGCUAUAUUGCGGCUCAUUGAUGAGUGCGGAAUGGACCUGUUUGAUGCUCCAUGGGUCGCAGAGGCGGCUGAUCUCGGGAUUGUCCUGGACUUUUCAUUCCCAGUGCCAACAAUGGAAGGGAACAAAGCCAGAGCUCUUGGGCACAAUCUGUUCGAGGAGCAGUAUGCAUUGGAUUUUUCGCCGUUGGGCUCGACGCCAUCUUGGCCUUGCGAUCCUACGUUCCACAAGGGGCCGAUAUUGCAUAGCUCACUUGAUGACCAACAAUGGGAAUCGGAGGUCGCGGGAGGAUCCACGAGGCCCUUCUCCAAGGCAUACAUUCAUCACUUACUGCACACGCACGAGAUGAGCGCUUACUCACUUCUUCAUCUCCACAACCUCGCCGUUAUGGAUCAGUUCUUUACCGACAUCCGAACUUUCCUCUCGGAAUCUGAUAGAAGUGCGUUCAGGGAGGAGAUUGGCCGAUUUUAUGAAGUAUAUCAGCUACCGGAGACUCUCUUCGAUGGUGCAAAGGUUCGAUGGAAAGAGGUCGAGGAUGCGAGAGGCAAAGGACGACUGAAGAGGGAACGCGAGGCACUUUCGAGUGCAGCAGCUGUAUUGGGGGAUCAUGCACUUGUUGAAAACUCACAAAGCGGCGAAGCAACUCCACGGGCGAGUGACAUCGCUACUGCCGUGGUUUUGGAGGCUGUAGAGGAUACAACCUAG